GUCCGCUUGGCUUCGGCGUCGGCGUCGCUCCCGCGCUGGGGCACUAGGCCGGCUUCUGUCCCCGGGCCGCGGUUAAGUGUCGGUGGCGGAGGGCGCGUGAAGAGCCGCCAGCCGCGCGGCGUCGGCCGUGGCGUCGGGGUCGUUGUGUCGUGACAACGACUCCGGUAGCUGUCUCCGCGACAGCAGGUGCGGCCGCUUUAGCCCCAGGCGGGCUCAGCGGCUGCCUGGCGAGUCUGUGCUCGCGCCCAGCCCUUUCCUUCCUGGACCCAGCGCCAAGCAGCGACGCUGAGCCGACCGCCGGAGCGGCGGGCAAUGGCGGCCUCGACGGCCUCGCAUCGGCCCAUCAAGGGGAUCCUGAAGAACAAGAGUUCUGCGACUUCCUCUGUGGUGGCCUCGGCCGAGCAGCCCGGCAGGAGUGUCGACGAAGAGCUGAGUAAAAAAUCCCAGAAGUGGGAUGAAAUGAACAUCCUGGCGACAUAUCAUCCAGCAGACAAAGACUAUGGUUUAAUGAAAAUAGAUGAACCUAGCACUCCUUACCAUAGUAUGGUAGGUGAUGAUGAAGAUGCAUUGAGUGAUUCAGAAGCCACUGAAGCCCUGACCCCAGAUGUCUUAGCUAAGAAAUUAGCUGCUGCUGAAGGCUCAGAGCCAAAGUAUCGGGUUCAUGAACAAGCAAGCAGUGAAGACGAGGAUAGUGACCUCUCACCUGAAGAACAAGGUAAAAAAAAGCGACAGUUUGAAAUGAAAAGGAAGCUUCACUACAAUGAAGGACUGAAUAUUAAAUUAGCUAGACAAUUAAUUUCAAAAGACCUACAUGAUGAUGAGGAAGAUGAAGAAAUGUUAGAGACUGCAGCCGAAGAAAGCAUGAACAUGGAAGAGUCAAAUCAAGGAUCUACUACAAGUGACCAACUGCAAAACAAAUCACAGAGUUCAUAGAAAAGAUUUGUUCAACACUGUAAUUGUCAGACACAGACCCUGUUACUAUAAUACACUGCUUCUUGUUCUCAACAAUUCAUGACUUAAGUACCAGAAUGCAUACCAGUUAUUGUAUAUUGCCAAGAAUUAAAUGACUUUCAAGACUAAUUGGACUGAAAAUGCCUAAUUGAUACAUAUAUUCUUGUGCCUAGUACUUCACCACAAAUAUAGCAUAAUGUCAUCAGUCCAAAACUGCAUUACUUUUGUAAGAACACUGGUUAAUUUGUAUAUUAUAUAGCUUUUUAUGCUUUAGAGGUUAAAAUAAUAUCUUUUGGGGGGAUCUAAUUUAUUUUCUUCACUUCUAGGUGUGAUAGCUCUUAUAAAAAGUGGUUUUUUUUUUUUAAUCAAAAUCCAGUUGGAACAAGAGAUUAUAUAAGCUGGUAAAUAGUCUGAAAAGUAUUUUAACAUGUGUCUUCAAAUUGAUUUGUCUGUUCAAUUGAAAAGAUUAUAAGAGUAACUUGCAUUUUCUGGCCUACUAUCUUUAAAAGUCCCCUUGAGUGUCUUUAUGUUUACAAGGACAGGAUUGAAUUUUUCCUCAUCAAAACUGGCUUUUUUCACAAAUAAAUGAUCAGGUUAAACUUGCA